GGACUUUUAAGGCCUCCUGUUCCUGUCCGGCCUCCAUCUUAACUCGCCUACUAUGUCCGCGCCGACCAGUCUAGGCCGAGUCAGGACCUGCGAGAACUGUGUGCGUGCUAAAAUUAGGUGCUCGCGCACCUCUACCCAAAGCUGCGAUCGGUGUCUCCGUCUGAACAAAGAUUGUUAUUUCCGCGCAACAAAAGCUCGUAAUCCUAAGAAGAGGAAAACGCGAAUAGGUGCACUCGAGGACAAGGUGGAUCAAAUAUUAGGCCAGAUCAAUCAGCCUCACUCAAGCCCGCAACAGGCACCACUUCCACUGCCACUGUCCCCGAAAAGUGAAAGUUGUGCUCCGACUCCUCGAAACCCGUGCGAUGUGAUCGGGAACGGGCUGAUCACCCACGAAGAGGCAAAUCGUUUGAUACAGAGCUUUCGUGAUGCCAUAACGUAUUUCCCAUUUGUACAGCUGCCGAGAAACGCCACUGUCGAGGAUCUCAGAUUGGAGAAACCCUUCCUCUUACUCUCUAUUCUUUUGGUCUCCUCGUUUCGAAAUGUCCCGCUGCACCUGGCCCUCGAGGAGGUUUCAACGUCUUACCUUGGGGGACAAGUCUUGCAAGGCAAUCGCCAACAACCCUUCGAUAUACUACAGGGAUUGCUGGUUACUAUAGCUGGAACGAAGAAAAAAAUCCAUAUAGUGCGGUUCUCUGGAUAUCUGCACCUCGCACGAAGUAUCAUCAACGACUGCAGACUGGAUUACCCAGCCAAGCUGCGAGUAGUAAGACAAAGAAUUGACGUCAUGUUGGACCCGGAUCCUCCGACAGAAUCGAUUUCCCUGCGAAACGAGGAAAUGCGAGCUUUGGUUGGAUAUUUUCUCCUUGACGCGUGUCACUCCAUAGUACUGCAGCGGACAGGAACGAUGCCUUGGUCACCCUUCAUAGAAUCAUGCGCUGCGAAGUUGUCGCAGGAAUGCGAAUUCUCAACCGAUCGAUACCUGUUAGGCCAGGUUCAAAUACAACACAUGCUUGUACGAAUCGAUUCCCUAGUUGCACGGGGAUUCGGUGAGAAUCAGGCUCCUGCGGAUAUAGAAGUUAUGAUUAGUUCUCUUCAAAGCGAUUUUGAAGAUUGCAAAGCCCGGCUUCCUGUCCCUAUUGAUCAUGAUGUAUUUCAAGGCAUUCCGUCCCACGCCUUCGAAAUCCAUCUCUAUCAAACUACCUUUUUCGAUGUAUACCCAUCUUCCGCCGCGUCAUUCGACCAAUCCAUGGCCCUCCUGCGAAUCGAUGCCCUUUGUCACGGACUAGCGGCUGCAAAAAGAUUUAUGAGCUUUUACUUCAGUCUACCACCUGGUAUUGAAAAGAGAUUUAGUUACACCCAAUGGAUUCUGACCGGGUUCAGCAUUGCAGCUUCAUGCAAACUUGUUCUCGCAUCGUUGGAGCCAUCCGUUCGAGAUCACGAUCAAGUCCGAGGGUUGCGAGAGACAUUGGAUAUGCGGCAUGAAAUCCAGAAAUCUGUCAAGCUCAUGAAUACCCUUGAUCAGGAGUGUAAAGGUGGGAAGGGGGGUCAACAUGAGAUGUUCUUCUACCAAGAUUGGCUGCGGUUCCUUUCUGAAUGGUUUGAAGAGAAAUAUCGUCUUGCGCAGUCUGAUAGUGCUGGAGAUAAUAAUGGUGCACUGGGAGUCUUCACCACUGGAAUCUCAGAAAAUAAUAUCUAUGAAGAGCCUCAGCCUCAUCCUGGUUUUCCUUGGGUGGAUCUUCAGGACGUUACGAUUGAGGAGAUGUUGAAUGUGUGGUUAGAGCCAAUGAAUAUGCCACACUACUUUUAAAAUGUACAAAUUAGCCUUGAUAGUUGCAGUGACGAAUACAUACCCC